AAAAUCUCCCAAGAAGACCAAACCGAACUCAGCAACCUCCACCAUGUCCAUGUCCAUGUCCAUGGCGACCACCGCCCUCCUCCGGCUCGCGCCGCUGCCGCCGCACCACCGGCUCCUCGCCCCGAGCUCCAAGAAACCCUCCCUCCUCCUCGCGCCCCUCGGCAGCGGCCGCCGCGCCGUGCGGCUCGCGAGGGCCGCCGGCGACGGGCUCGCGGACCAGACCGUCUACAACGGCGUGUACGGGCCCUGGUCCGUGGACGACGCGGACGUGCGCGAGGUGCUGCUGUACCGGGCCGGGCUAGUCACGGCCGCCGCGUCCUUCCUGGUGGCCGCCUCGGGGGCGUUCCUGCCCGAGGGGAACGCGGUCGGCGACGCCGUCCGGCAGGGCGCCGACCUCUUCUACGCCGCCGGGGCCGGGGGGCUCGGGCUGUCGCUCGUGCUGAUCCACAUCUACGUCACCCCCAUCAAGCGCUUCCUCCAGGCGCUCUGGGCGGUCGGCGUGCUCGGCUCCGUCGGCACCUACGCCCUCGCCGCGCGGCCGCUCGACGAGGGGCUCGUCCGGUACGUUCUCGACCACCCCGGGGCGAUGUGGUUCGUCGGCCCGACCUUCGCCGCGCUGACCGGCCUCGUCUUCAAGGAAGGUCUCUGCUAUGGAAAAUUGGAAGCUGGUAUCUUGACGUUUGUUAUCCCCAUCCUUCUUCUUGGACACCUGUCUGGUUUGAUGGAUGAUGGGGUAAAAUUGAGCCUCUUAGGGGUGUGGAUGGCGCUCUUCACCGUGUUCGCUGCAAGGAAAUUCCAGCAGCCCAUUAAGGACGACAUUGGCGACAAGUCAGUCUUCAUCUUCAACGCCCUCCCCGAAGAGGAAAAGAAAGCUCUGCUGCAGAGGCUUGAGGCGCCAACUGGGCAGAAGUUUGAGUAGCAGGUAUCGUCUGUCCAUCAAUCAGGAUCCACUUCCAACUGAGCAGAAGCUGGAAUAGAUGUAGCUAGCACAAUGCGGAUAGCUAGUCGUGACUGUAACCGUUGUAUAUGUUAGUUCGGGGUUAAUUCGAAAAAGAAUAAAGACAUGCUAGGGCAUGUGCCAGUAUACAUAGAUGAAAAUCUUGUAACUGUGAUGUCGCUGCAAAAUCUGUUACUGGAUGUGGAAUUGUAGAUGGCCACAAUUCCCUUGGGGCCAGAAAGCUGAGAACAAACCCCUUAAGCUGAAACGAUUGACCUACA